CCAGUCCGCUCUGUAGUUUUCGAGGUGUAUUUUACAAUUUUAUACUGUUUAUAGUGUUUUUUAGUUUAAUCAGUGUAUUAUGAAGACUAAUUGCUAUCUAUGGCCGAUUUAUUUUUACCUUUUGCUACACUACGUUUGCGCCGAUUCCAUCGAAGAAAAAAUUAGAAACGAUCCCGAUUUAUCGGAGUUUUAUGCAUUAUUAGAAGCAAGUCAGCUAGCAAAUGUCACCCUUCAGUACAAGCAAGUUACUAUAUUCGCCCCAACGAAUUCAGCCUUUCAGAUGUACGGGAACCUUAGAGACGAUCCAAACACGCUGGUUCUCUAUCAUAUGACCAGUGCACCCAAAAGGACUGAUCAAUUGGGAACAUCCUCGUUAUCCUUGUAUUCAGAGUUAGAAGGGAGUCCGCCAGUUUGGAUCACACAUAGAACUGGUCAAUAUCACGAUGAUAUUUACGUCAAUAACGCCAGGCUUCUUUUUAUCCAAUCAAAUAUAAUGGGUACUGAAAAAAAUGGAAACGAACAGGUUUUGCAUAAAAUUGAUGAGGUAUUAGUUCCUACAAGAUCGCAAAAAUCUGCUUCGAAACGUCUCUAUAAUCCCACAGCUUUGGAAUUUUUAGAGAACUAUGAAUCUCUAAUACAACACCCUCAUCGCGUAAGGAGUUUUCGACAAAAAGUACAACAAUUUAAUAAACAGGACAUUUUUAAAACUGAAGGAGGACAUACAUUUUUUAUUCCAGUAGAUGAAGGAUUCAAGAAUGAAAGAGCAGCAUUUAUCGAUGAAAAAAUCAUAGAUGGUCAUGUAAUACCAAAACAGGUAUUAUUUACAAACCCAACCAAAAAAGAUGCCCCUUUUCAAACUUUGGCUAAUGGCGAUAAUGAUAUAAGGGUGGUUAUAUUAUUUACCCAGGAACAACGAGGAUCUACUAUAAUAAAUUAUGUCAAAAGUCACACACUUUUGGGAGAUGGUAAACAUACUCAGGGAGUAGUUUUAGCCGAAAUAGUGAAAGCAAAUAUCCCAGUUAAAAACGGAGUGAUUCAUUUGAUCCAAAAACCUUUGAUGGUGGUCGAUAGCACGGUUAAAGAUUUGCUCCAGGAGAAAGAUGGAGGCAUUCUUAACAACUUUGUUAAUGCUAUUAAAGACAUGGGAAUGGAGGGCGAAGAAUUUUUAAAUAAACUAGAAAGAUCCCAUGACAUAACUUUGUUCGCUCCAUGCAAUAAAGCAUUGGAAGGAGAUCUAACUUUAAAUUCGAUAUUAAGGGACAAACAACGAUUCUUAGAUAUUCUAAACAUGCACUUAGUUGUCGAUAAUCGAUUGUACGUCGAGAAGAUUCUUAAACAUAACAGAAACAAGAUUUUCCAAGCGCACACGUUAAGUAGGGGUAAAAACCUAUACUUUAACGUGGUGGACUCUGGUACCAACAGAACAAUGUCAGUAGAGGGUGGUGGAGUAAAUGCUACAGUUGUCCAAUCAGAUUUGGCGGCUACCAACGGAAUCAUUCAUAUUAUAGAUCGCGUUUUAGGUGUACCAUGCACCACGAUUUGGGAUAAACUACGAACCGAUCCAAUGUUAAAUUCAACGUUUUAUCUAGGAAAUCUGCAAGGCUUUAAUAGGCAAUUGAACGAUACCAAAAGAAAGUUCACAUAUUUCGUUCCACGCGACAAGGCUUGGACCGAUGCUCGUGUUCUAUUUCCUUCUACUAUUAAAAAACUAUUCAUGCACGAAUUCGCAUAUCACGCCACAAGAAUUCUUGAAAGACACCUUAUAAUAUCAGAUGUUAAUGAACCCCCAUACACAAUCGAACGUAUCAAACAAUUAACCACCAAUAGAACCAACAGAUCAUAUGGAGGAUUUUUGGAUGUAGAGCUGCCAACUGUAAGAGGUUCACUUAAACUCUUCAUUGAAGAACGCCCCAACAACACUUACGUAAUAAACUGGAGAGGAGAACAAAUUCACGUUUUCCGACCUAACGUGGAAUGCACCAAUGGAAUCAUUCACGUCAUAGAUCUUCCUUUGCUGCAGGAACGUGACGUCAGAGUUAACCGUGCAACAAAAAAACAUGUGACUUAUCUGCUUGCACUUGUUUGCGUCUUUAUCAAAUUAUUCUAAACCAAACGAUAUGCAUUUAGGGUACAUUAAUAAAAUAAAAGUAUGUGUAUAGCGUCCAAGAAAGCUUUGCGUUAUGCUUUUGAUAAGUCUAAACACUAAAUCAAGCAAAAGUAUAUUUUAAUGCUUAAACGCAAUUAGAUUUCCAAAUUUUGCUUCACUUUAUUAAAUAAUGGAUCAUGCAUGUGCAACUUGUAUUGUGCCUUAAAUUAUUUCUGUUUUCGAUUAGGGCAAACAAUUAAUUGAGAUUUAGACUGGCACUUGUAUGUGUGUUCAUUAAAAACUUUAAAAUCUCUUCACUAAGGUAUAUUUUUGUGAUUAGUGUUUAGAAUUCAGUGUUUAAGAGUCUGGGUUUCUUAAUAAAAAAUCCCGUAUUGUCAAAAUUGUGAUGUGUAUGAGGCUAGUGUAUAAAACAAAUAAAAAACUGUUCAAUAAGUACGUGUAUGUGUGCAACUUUAAUGUAAGAAAGCUUAAAAUACCUACGUAAAAAAAUAAAAUUUAAAGCUAUCAAUAAACGAAAUUUAUAAAUUAUUAUCUAAGUAUAACAAACAUCUGCCUAAAUAUACCUACACAUAAAA